GGGCGGGCUCGGUGCCGCCUCAGCGCUGCGUGAACGUGGCCGGGGGGAGGGGGCGGAGCGCUGGGUAAUGGCGGCGGCGGCGCGCGCGGCCCUGGCGGGCCUCCUGAGCCGCUGGGCAGCCCGGGGAACCCCCGCGGGCCGCGCUCUUUGCAGCAUCGCCGCAGCGCGGGGCCCGGGACCGGCGGCGCCGGCUCCGCUGUGGAAACCGCGGCUCGUCGGGGCGGGCGGAGCCUCCCUCCUCGGCAGUGUUACCUCUCUGUUUCCAAGUAUACUACAGCAGCAGUCGAGGACUGUCACUUACUGUAGCCUACGGAAGGGGAAGAGGAAAACCGUGAAGUCUGUUGUCGAAAGGUUUCUCCGACUGCACAACGGCCUUUGGGUUAGGAGACAGGCUGGUUACAAGAAGAAGCUGUGGAAGAAGUCAGCCUCCCAGAAGAAACGCUUGAGGGAGAUGAUCUUGUGCACGAGAACACAAUGUAAACUGCUUGAUAAAAUGACCACUUCUUUCUGGAAGAGAAGGAAUUGGUAUGUUGAUGAUCCCUACCAGAAGUAUCACGAUCGCACGAAUCUUCGUGUGUAGGAAUCUUGGUUUGAUUCUUGCAUCUCGCUAGGAAGGAGGUGGUGGGACACGGGGAACGUAAAUCUGUAAUACCUUUUACUCUUCUAAAUAAUGUAUGCAUAUCGUCUGAUCAGAAUUAUGGAUAUCAGUGCCCAAAAUAAAGGAAUAUUCAAGAUUAAUUUGAGCUGCAAUUUGUAUUUUACUUAGCAGAGGUCAAGCUGGUCACCUGCGUGUUUUGGUGUCUGGUGGUGUGCUGUGGUUGUGUAUAACAUACACACGUGGAUGAAUAUGCUCUAAACAUCAUUAAAACUGAAUAAUUCUACAUAUUUAAUCUUAACAUUUUUACAAGAAACAUGUUUAAGUAACCCCGGAGCGUAUUCUGCUGUGUCCAUACUUAUUGGUAGCUCAUUGAAUGGCUCCACCUAGGGGAAGGGGGAUAAAGCAGAGCAGGACCAGUUUCAGUACUGUUGCCUGUCAUAGUGCAACAUGAACUGUUGCUGUGUCUCCAUGUUAGAGAGCAUAAAAAAAAAUCAGCAUUUCACAGCUGCAAGCAGUUUUUAUCAAUGAUUUAAAAAUACAUCAGCCCCUAGAUUUCAUUACAAGACCCAUUUUGUAUCUGUGUUCGGUUUUGAGUAGUAGAAUAUACUCUGUGGGUCCUGCACUAUAUCCCACUAUAUCCUUAAGUAGCCAGGUUUUAAGUAUUUUCUUGCUUUUUCUUUCUUUAAGCCUAAUUACACCUCGUACCACCAUCUCUGAUCACAUAUACGUUGACAAAGCCUAGGAUUUACGAGAGGGUCCUUUUGGAGUGUACAAUGCAGCGUCUCUGCAUUCCUUUCGCAAGGAAUCAGAAGUAUUCUCUACAAAGCUAAAGUGCAUGAAAAUCAGUUGCUCCCAGCAGUAGCUUCAUGUUCACUAAUAAUAAGCCCAUGAUUAAGCAGAGAGCCGCUGGUUAUCGGCUGCACAGCCGGAGAUGGUCUGCUUUGCAAUGAAGUCACAAGUUACUCAAGAGUGUUCAGUAGCUGUAUUUCUUUUUUUCCAGUUCAUAAUACAGAAAGAAGUUCUGAAGGACAUGCAGCACUUAGUGAAUACAUCUAUAUACAGUCAGCCAGAAUUGAGAUAAAAAUAAUACAGCCAUCAAAGGAACUAUUCUGGCCUGCCAGAUACAUGGAACGGACUAGAGAUGGUUCUUUUGGGUUUUUUUUUCUAUUUUUUUUU